CCUAGAUACGCAUCACGGACAACUACGUAACUUUACGAAGUGCUGCUGAAUAUAGAAUACUCAUAGAGCCUUCGAGAACAUCUUGGAAAGCUUUUGGUAAGUACAUGGGUACCUAGGUAGCCUCAGAUAGGGCACGCCCGCCAUUCGGUGUGACUGAGGAUCGGUGUAUCGCAUCUUCGUCCAGGAGCUAGUGGUUGUCUCGUCUGCAACUUCCGUAUUACUGUAGAACUCUUUGCUAUGGCCAUUUCCUACUGAAUUCUCGAUGGCCUAUAGAACUGGACUCACACUAACUCAAAAGACUACAGCAAGCACGGUAACAGCCAGUCAGCGCGAAGUAACUUCAAAACAACAUGUUCGCGGAGCGAUGCCAUCUCAUCACGAUGGAUACGCGCAUUCCAUCCAAAGCAGACGCGCCCGAGUACACCUUUGCUCUUGCCUAUCGAAGGCCCCGACCUAUACCCAAAACCUGGGAGGCGAUGGCAGGUGACAAUGGCGUCGGGUUUCUCGAUCUACCGCGAGAGUUGAGAGACAUGAUCUACAACUACAUCUGCAUCGAUCUGCCGCAAAUCGGAGACGGAUGGCGUGAUAAGCACGACGAGGGAAAAUACGGCAUCCCCGCGGCCACUGAGGCUCAGGCCGAUGCAUUGCAGGACUGCAAUAUCAUGAGGACGUGCCGCCAGGUGCAUUGGGAAUUCGCCGAAACGCUCUACGCGCAGCUUCUCCAGAUUUGCAGCCCCAUAUACGAAUUUCAGACUCAGUUCGUCCGACCGGGCUCGCACAUCUUGCCCUUGUCGCCAACAUACGCACAUCUCGUCAAGAAAGUGGCAGUUCUUCAUCACACGGGUAUUCCCGACCAUAGGAGUAGACUCGAGCAAUCCACAUCAGGCGACGAGCAAUGGCGUCAUGUUGUCACAGUCGCGACGCAGUUAGCAAAGCUAUUCCCGAAGAUACAGACCGUACGCGUGCUUCAUCGCAUCUGCCCAAGUGAUUACCUAGACCACACUUGGGCGACUGCGUGCGGGUUACGCGGCAAUACCAGAAAAGAGCAAGUUAAGGAAUCUCAAAAGUUCAUCAGAGGUUCGUGUUGGAGUGAUGGGAGGAAGGUCAAGAUGCCGCGGCAACUGGAGCUGGUGCAUUUGGACUUUGACACCAUUGUCGAAACACCUUUGGUUGAAGCCAUGAGAAACAUUCGAGCAGCAGAGCUGAACUAGAGAUAGCAACGGAAACUGUCUGCAUAAAUCGGGCUUCGCUAGUGAGCGAUCUGACAUGUGGUUCCAGAGCAACACAACAAGACUUCGGGGAGGAACAAGUCGAAGAGUUCAAUUUGAACUAGUGGUAUCAUAGCCGAAGGCCUGUUGCACA